AAAGUAAGAAAAGAAAAUACGUUUGGAUGUGAAAGCGUGAGGGGAGGAGAGGCAUCAUCACGAUCCCUCUCUCUCUCUACCCUAAUAAUCACCUUCAUUUCAGAGAGAGAAACUUUUUUUCUUCCAUUUUUGUCCUUCAACUUUUCUUCAUUCCCGUCUCUAUCCCAUUCCCUUUCCCCUUCCAAUUCUCUUCAGCUACACCGACUUCCAACUCCAUCCAUUUUCAAUUUCCGAUUCUCAAUUUCCCAAUUUCUAGGGUUUUAUUCUCGCAUCUAGGGUUUUGACCCGAUCGAAUGGAGCCUCGUAUUGGGAACAAAUUCCGUCUUGGCCGCAAGAUUGGCAGCGGAUCCUUCGGCGAGAUCUAUCUCGGUACUAAUAUUCAGACAAAUGAAGAGGUUGCAAUCAAGCUUGAAAAUGUCAAAACCAAGCAUCCUCAAUUGUUGUAUGAAUCAAAGUUGUAUAAAGUACUUCAAGGAGGAACUGGUAUCCCAAAUGUGAGAUGGUUUGGCGUUGAAGGAGAGUACAAUGUUCUUGUGAUGGAUUUACUAGGACCUAGUCUCGAAGAUUUAUUCAGUUUUUGUAGUCGCAAAUUGUCCCUUAAAACUGUACUCAUGCUUGCUGAUCAGAUGAUAAAUCGUGUUGAAUAUAUUCAUUCCAAAUCAUUUUUACAUAGGGACAUCAAGCCAGACAACUUCCUGAUGGGUUUGGGGAGGCGUGCUAAUCAAGUUUAUGCCAUUGACUUUGGUCUCGCUAAAAAAUACAGAGACACCUCUACCCAUCAGCAUAUUCCUUACAGAGAGAAUAAGAAUUUGACAGGAACUGCUAGAUAUGCUAGUAUGAAUACACAUCUUGGAAUUGAGCAAAGCCGUAGGGAUGACUUAGAAUCACUUGGAUAUGUUCUUAUGUACUUUUUGAGAGGAAGUCUUCCAUGGCAGGGAUUGAAAGCAGGUACUAAGAAACAGAAGUACGAAAAAAUCAGUGAGAAGAAAGUUUCUACUUCUAUUGAGUCCUUAUGCCGUGGCUAUCCCUCAGAAUUUGCUUCGUACUUCCAUUACUGUCGGUCAUUGCGGUUUGAUGAUAAACCAGAUUAUGCAUAUUUGAAAAGGCUUUUUCGUGACCUUUUCAUUCGUGAAGGGUUCCAGUUUGAUUAUGUCUUUGAUUGGACCAUCUUGAAGUAUCAGCAAUCUCAAAUUGCCACUCCUCCUUCACGUGCCAUUGGUUCUGGUGCUGGGCCAAGUUCUGGCAUACCACCAGCUGUUGUGAGUGCUACUGAUAGACCGACAGGUGGGGAAGAGGGUAGACAUGCUGGUUGGUCUUCAUCAGAUCCUGCUCGUAGAAGAAACUCUGGACCUAUUGCAAAUGAUGUAAACUUAUUUAGACAAAAAGCCCCGGUUCCAAGUGACUCAACUGCAUCUAAAGAUGCUAUGUUGUCUAGUUCUAAUUUCUUCCGACCAAGUGGAUCCACAAGACGAGUAGGCGCUGUUUCCAACAGUCGAGAUGCAGUUGUUGGAAGUGAAAUUGAACCCUCUCUUCCUCUUGCAAGGGAUGGUAGUCCUGGAUCACUCCUUAAAACCUCUGGUGCUCAAAGAAAUUCACCUAUCACAUCAACGGAGCUCAAAGGAACAUCCAGCAGAAACACAUCAAACAUAAAGAAUUUUGAGUCAACUCUCCGAGGUAUUGAGAGCAUGAAUUUCAAUGACGAGAAGGUACAGUAUUAGCAGCCGACACUCGAUCACGUUACUUGGUGGUAAAAUUCUAAAAAGUCUUUUACUUUUUAUUGAGUGGAUUGUUGUCUGUCGUUCAUUUUAUUGAGGAAAGCUACAACAAGUUGGGAAUUGACCCUACAAGUAUAUAAAAAAGAUGCUUAAGGGGUCGAUUUCCUGACAAAGCUUUACCCAUUAAAAGGUUUCUUCUGUUAAUACAGUUUACAUUUUACUUGUAUUGGUUCCACAAAUCAUUCCUCUUUUAUUUUUCUAA